AUGUCUCCAUUCGAUAUUAAGUGUCCAUCAAUUCAUUAUCUUGAUCUACAAGGAGUUAAUGAAUUCCAUCGUCCUCACUGUUUCAAUAUUCAACAGUGUGAAACGUUGAGCAAGUCACCUCUAGGUAUUCAAUGCCAAGAACUUCGAGUUGAAAUAACAGAUGUACUGAACAUACUUGAACUUGUAUAUAUGAUGGAGAAUCUUCGAACACUAUAUAUUACAUAUUUUCAUGAUUCACGAAGUCAUCGACCUGAUGUUGUUAACUUGAUACGGCAUUAUGCACCACCGGUAACGACCGUGACACGAAAAGAUUAUGGAUACAUUAUUCUUCGAUUGUAA